AUGUCAGGACAAAAGCCUUGGGCCGACGGGCCUUUUCAGCUCAUUAGCAGCACCCGCGCUGGAUCCAAAGUAAGUGCUCUCGAGGCUCCCUCAAAGUCCCGACGAAAGCUCAUCACCAACUACGAACAGAAAGGGGUCAAGACCACAGGGGUGAACCGCUUAGCUGAGGACAUGACCAUCGUUCACAACUUCAUACUCCGGAUCAUCAACACUGUCUACUUGCAAUGCAUCAACGUGGAAAAGUCGCCCGACGACGUCCAGGACUUUGUGUCUUAUGCGAUGGAAUGGGGCAAGAUGGUGGAGGAGCACCAUGAAACCGAGGAGACGGAGGUUUUCACCGAGAUCGAGGAGUUGGCGGGCGUGCCGGGAUUGAUGCAGGCCAACGUCGCGCAGCACGAGGCUUUUCAUGAUGGUCUGCACGCAUACAUGAGCUACUUGGAGAAGGUCCAGAAGGGCGAGGAGGCGUACAACGGAGAGAAGCUCAAGCGCAUCAUCGACUCGUUCAUGCACAUCCUACGAGAGCACCUCAGCGACGAGAUUGACACGCUGCUGAAGCUGGAAGAGUACGACCGCAACUGGGAAGAGUGGUAUGAAAAACUCAUGAAGAAGCUGCUCGGCAAGAUGGGUGAUGCCGAGCUCAAGACGACAAUGAUUCCUCUUCUUCUGACAAACCGAGACAAGACGUUUGAGGAAGGUGUUCAUGCGUGGUGGCCUCCGGUGCCGUGGUUCGUGUUUCUGAUGAUGCGUUGGUUCUACAUCCCAGCCCACAAGAGCUGGUGGCGGUUUUCUUCGUGCGAUGACCGGGGCGCGCCAAAGGAGCUUCCUUUUGCGUGA